ACGCACCUCACCGGAAGAGAAAAAACGAAAGAAAAAAAACAGAGAGAAAGAGAAAUUAAAACGAACCCCUCGACUCGAGCUCUAGCUCGAACUCGGAGAUCUCCGGCGAGGCGCGGGACGCCGGCGAUGGCAGCGGGGGCGGAAGACGCGCUGUACGAGAUCCGCCGCCACGCGUCGGGAUCCCACGUGAUCCCUCAUCAGGAAGGAUACCAGGGCGACGCAACAAGUAGUGGUAGCUCAGAUGCCGGAGGAGGGGUCCUCUCCUAUCUCUCCUUGCAAGGUGUGAGCAAGCUUAGGGAGAGGUGGGCUAGGUACAGCGCGCUGGGGAGGAGUAGCCAGAGGAAGAGGGGGGAUGGCGUGUCAUUGUUCGUCUCGAUGAAUGCAGAAUAUGUGUCUGUAACUGUUGGGAAUCGCAUCACCAUCUUGAGGAAACGUGAUGGCUAUGCAUCACCUUGUGGUGUUUACACAAAUAAUGACAGAAUAACAUUUUUCACUAAUGGGGCUUGGCUGGAGGCUCAAGGCAUUUUUGGUGUGGUGGAUGACCUAAGCACACUCUACUUGAUCAAAGAAAAUGGGGAGUUAUUAGCAAGGAGGACAUGCGAUCAGUUGAAGCUAUCUUCUUCCAUUAUUGAUCUGGUUGUGCAGGAUGGUUCAAGCUUGCUUAGGCCGGGCUUCUACAUUUUUACAAGUGACUGCAUGGUUCAUAGAUUUGAUUACACUCAAGAACCUGAGGCCAGUUUGUGUCAAGUACCUAUAUCAACUAAAGAUGUGGUGUCAGCUAGGACUAUACAGUUACCUCGGAGUUUAUCGUGCAUUGAUUACGAUCAGCGUCACUCACUAUUUGUCCUAGUUGCGGAUUCCAAUGCUUCAUUUAACUCCAAUAGUUAUUCUGGAACCUAUUUUCUGUACCUAUUACACGUCGAUGGAAAUUUGGAACUUAGUCUUUCAUUUAAAAGCGUGCAGUUGGAAGGAGUGUUUUCUCCUCUGAAGGAUCAAAAAACCUUUGUUUCAUCCCCAAAAAUCAGGAUCUCACCUGACGGCAAGCAUAUUGCUACAUUGGAUUUGACUGGCUCUGUAAACCUCUUUGCACUUGAUGGUGACAAACACACUUUUUCGCUUCAUACUCUUGGAAGUGGUAGAUGCCUAAUUGAUGUUAAGGACAUCAGUUGGUGGACAGAUAAUGUUCUCAUGUUGGUAAGAGCGGAUGGUAGUAUUAGCAUGUACGGCAUCACUGAAAGCGAGGUUGUUUCCAAAGAUGACCCAGUUUUAUCCACACCACUAUUGGAGAAGGCAAAGGCUACUGAAGGACAUGCUUUUAUUCUGCAAUCUAGCAGAUAUGAAAGAAAUACUUCAGCUAACAAGCGGAUGGACAGUGAUUUGGAACCUAACCUACCUAGUGGUUCUAGGGAGCAUCAACAAACGGAGAUGGAUAAAAUGUUUUGGAGUCUGAUAUCAUUCUCCAAAGUUACAGUAACAGAAAUGUACUCUGUUAUGAUAAGAGAGAAUCGAUUCAAGGAGGCCUUAGAUUUUGCUUCCAGAUAUAAUCUAGAUAAGGAUGAAGUUCUUAAAGCACGCUGGUUGCACUGUGAUGGUGAUACUAGUGAGAUAGACUCGUACUUAGCAAAAAUUAAAGACCAAGUAUUUGUAUUAUCAGAAUGUGUAAAUAAAGUUGGGCCUACAGAAGCAGCUUUAAGGGCUCUACUUUCUUUUGGACUUCGCAUAACUGACCAUUACAAAUUUUCUCGGUUGGAUAACAGCAGCGAGGGCUCAACAUGGGACAGUCGAAUCAUUAGGCUUCGUUUAUUGCGGCACAGAGACAUGUUAGAGACAUUCUUGGGAAUUAAUAUGGGAAGGUACUCAGCAGAAGAAUAUAGCAAAUUCCGUUCGAUGGCACUGGUGGAAACUGCCACAGCUUUAGCUGAAAGUGGCAAAAUUGGGGCUUUAAAUCUUAUCUUCAAACGUCAUCCGUACACUAUCUCUUCAGACAUUUUACGUGUUUUGUCUGCUAUCCCAGAAACUGUUGCUGUUCAGACUUAUAGUCAGUUGCUACCAGGGAAAUCCCCUCCUAGUGUUGUCAUAUUAAGAGAUGGUGAUUGGGUUGAAUGUGAACAGAUGGUUUCGUAUAUAAGCAAUUGUCCUACCCAGUCAGACAAGAUUGGAGAGAUCAAAACGGAAAUACUUGUAAAACAAUCAACAGGCUUUUCAUGGCCUUCUGUUGCUGAACUUUGUGAGUGGUACAAGAACAGAGCAAGGGACAUUGACUGCUUGAGUGGACAGCUGGAAAAUUGUCUGGCCAUGAUAGAGCUUGCAUGUCAAAAGGGCAUUGCAGAGUUGCAGCCAUUCUUUGAUGACAUUAAAUGCCUCUACCAAGUUGUAUAUUCUAAUGAGUUGAAUGAGUUUAUAAUGAAUCUUGUGACAUGGGAAGAUCUGCCUGAUUAUGAGAAGUUCAAAAUCAUCCUCAAAGGAGUCAAAGAAGAUACAGUUGUUCAACGGCUAGAAGAAAAUGCAAUCCCUUUUAUGAAGAAGAGAUUUCACCUGAUCUCCUCAAGUAAUGAACGCAAACAAGAAGAAUCCUACCUGGUUAGAUGGCUGAAAGAGGUAGCUGCUGAAAAUGAGCUUUCCAUUUGCUUAGCCGUCGUUGAAAAUGGUUGUGGGGAGUUACCAAUAUAUGGGCUCUUCAAGGAUCUUGCUGAAAUGAUAGAAACAUCUGUUCACUGCAUUUAUAUGUGCAGUGCAACUAACCUGUGGAAUACCAUGUCAUCGAUAUUAUCAAAGUUACUCCAUAAAACAAAACGAGAGAAAUCUUUAUUGGCUAGUGAAGAAGAAUGCAAUCUGAAAGAUGCUAAGCAAGCUCUUGGUUCUUCUGUGGUUUCUUAUGAUGAGAUGCAAUGUGUGUGUGCUGAUAUCUUAUCUGCUCUGGGCAAUGGCCCAGAAGAUUUUUAUCACUAUGAUUCGGCAUCUUACAAACUUAAUAAUGUCAAAUAUCUUGAUAUAUUGGAGAAGAGGCUAAAAGUUGCUGAAGGCCAUGUAGAAGUAGGACGGCUCUUUGCUUAUUAUCAGGUCCCAAAACCAACACAUUUCUUCCUUAGUGCUCACUUAGAUAAGAAGAAUGUAAAGCAACUUAUACGGCUGCUUCUAUCCAAAUUUGGCAGACGUCAACCUGUUCGAUCAGACAAUGAGUGGGCUAACAUGUGGCGUGAUUUGAAACUCUUCCAAGAAAAGGCAUUUCCUUUUCUUGAUUCAGAAUAUAUGCUGGCAGAAUUUAUCAGAGGGCUUUUGAAAGCUGGCAAAUUUUCACUAGCCAGGAAUUAUCUUGGAGGAACAAGUGCAGUUUCUUUGUCCACAGAGAAGGCUGAAAAUCUUGUGAUACAAGCUGCAAGGGAGUAUUUCUUCUCAGCUUCAACUUUGUCUGGGAAUGAAAUUUGGAAGGCCAGGGAAUGCCUGAAUCUGUUACCUAAUAGCAAAAAUGUUCAAGCAGAAACUGAUAUAAUUGAUGCUCUUACUGUUAGACUUCCUUAUCUAGGAGUGACCAUCCUUCCUGUUCAGUUCAGGCAGAUAAAGGACCCUAUGGAGAUCAUUCGCAUGGUUAUUACGAGUCAAACAGGGGCAUAUCUUCACUUUGAAGAGAUUAUUGAUGUUGCUAAACUUCUGGGGUUAAGAAGUGAAGAGGAAGUAGCUGCUGUGGAGGAGGCUAUUGCCAGAGAAGCUGUUGUUAAUGGUGAUCUUCAACUAGCCUUUGAUAUCUGUCUAAAUUUAACAAAAAAGAGUCAUGGUGCAGUGUGGGAUUUAUGUGCUGCAAUUGCUAGAGGACCUCCACUUGACAAUUUGGAUACUGGUACCCGUGAAAAGCUAUUGGGCUUCUCUCUCAGCCAUUGUGACGAAGAAUCUGUUGGGGAAUUAUUGAAUGCUUGGAAGGAGCUUGAUGUUCAUGGUAAAUUUGAGAAAUUAAUGAUUACAACAGGAACAAAUCCUCCCAAUUUCUUGAUUGGUGGGUCUUCAAUCACACCACUUCCUGUGCAAAGUGUGCAAGACAUACUUGAUCUGAGAGAUGACCGUGGCCAUAAUAGACACAAAGAUCAUGUGGAAAUUGUUAAAGAAAUGCUGUCAAAAGUUUGCUUGGACUUGUCAAAUGGAGAUGCACAUACUUGGGAGUCUAUGCUGGUAGACAAUCGGAAAUUCUUAUCCUUUGCAGUCCUGGAGUUACCAUGGCUUUUGAAAUUGUCCAAUGAGGAAAUGUGGGAUGGUGAAAAUCAGACUUCAAGGACAGAUCAUACCACUAGGAAAUAUCGGUUUUCAACAAAAGUAGAAGCAACAAUUAGCAUCAUAUAUUGGUUAGCUGUAAAUGGGUUGGCUCCCAAUGAUAAUCUAAUUAUGAUUCUUGCAAAGUCUAUAAUGGAGCCUCCUGUUGAUGAAGAGUUCGAUGUACUUGGCUGCUCAGUUCUCCUGAAUCUCAUGGACCCUUUCAAUGGAGUGAAAAUAAUAGAGGAAGAGCUAAAAAGACGAGAAUGUUAUCAAGAAAUCAGCAGCAUGAUGAGUAUAGGGAUGUUAUAUAGUUCCCUCAAUAAUUCUAAGAAAGAGUGUUCCACUCCUGAGCAGAGGAGAAAUCUGUUGCUUCACAAAUUUCAUGAGAAGUUCACCUCAGCAGAUACAGAUGAUUUAGACCAGAUUGAUAUGGCAAAUACAACCUUCUGGAGAGAAUGGAAAUCAAAGUUAGAGGAGGAGAAACAACUGGCUGAUCAAGCGCGAAUGCUCAGACAAAUAUUACCUGAUAUAGACACAUCUCGAUUCUUGUCUGGUGAUGUUAAUUAUAUCAAAAGAGUAAUUUUCUCCUUUGUUGACUCUGUAAAGCUGGAGAAAAAACACAUACUGAAGGAAGCAGUAAAGAUAGCUGAGACGUAUGGCUUGCAACGAACGGAGGUGCUUUUACGAUUUCUCGCCUGCAGUCUUCUCUCUGAAUAUUGGGAUAACAAUCAUAUUUUGAACGAAAUUUCUGAUUUCCGGGAGGACAUUGUCAGAUCAGCUAAGGGUGUGAUUGAUAUGAUAUAUUCAGAUGUCUAUCCGGAGAUCGAUGGGUAUAAUAAGCAACGCCUCUCUUACAUUUAUGGCAUUCUUUCAGCAUGCCACUCAUAUCUGAAGAGGACCAAUGAGAUAGAAUUGAGAUAUCCAGAGCAUGUGCAUACGCAUAAGCUCGAACCAUUUCAGUAUUAUAAGGUCCUUGAGGAAGAGUGCAAGAAAGUCUCUUUCAUUGAUGGCUUGAACUAUAAAAACAUUGCUGGAUUGGAUAAUCUGAACUUUGAGCAUUUCAAUGAAGAAGUAUGCAAGAAUAUCCAUGCCUCUACUGUCACUGCUCUAGCCGAUAUGGUACAAGCUCUUGUGAGUAUGUAUGUUGAUGUUCUGGCCAAGGGACUCGUAUCACGACAAGGUGUUUACAAACACUAUGUUCUUGGCUUGCUGGCAUCAUUAGAAGGCCGCAGUGAAGCAGGAUCGAACUGCACAGAUUAUGAAAAGUUGCAAGCUUUCCUAUGUGAAAUUGAGUUGAACUAUGAUAGUUGCAGGGAGUACAUCCAAGCUCUUCCAGCCACAGAUAUUUCAUAUAUUAUUGGAAGGUACUGCACCCUGUGUUUUCCAUCUAACUUAGCACGAAGCCAUCCACAGGAACCUUCGUGGAAGAAACCCCUUGCUACGCUGCUAACAUUUUGGUCUAAACUUGUUGAUGACAUACCGGGGGAGUCAAUUGAUGCUUCCUCAUAUGAAAUGACAGAAUACUUAAAUUCAAAUAGGUUAUCUUUGUGCAUGGGGGCUUUCAGGCAGCUCUUGAUACAUGAUGGGAUAACAGUGCACCAAGGUUGGGGUGCCAUCUCCAUGUAUGUAAAAGAUUGCCUUAAAAGUGGAAUGAUGGUGGAAACCUCGCGUUUUUGUCGAGCUAUGAUUCUAUCAGGCUGUAGCUUUGAAUCUGUAGUUGAAGUAUACUAUGGAGGACAGGGACAAUUGGGGGGUGAGAGUGCAGAUCCAAGCAAUUCUUUGGAUCUAUUAGAACUUUAUAAUGCUGCUACAGAAGAGUGUUUGUCAGAUUUGAUUGAGGGCUCUUGUGAAUAUCAAAUAUUGUUUCAUCAGUUACUGUCAUCUUUGAGCCGGUCAACGGGGAAACAUGCUGGCAUUCUAGAAAUGGUCCGGUCGGGUGUUUGGGGGAAGUUAAUCCGCUUUUCUGAAGAUAUGCAGCUGGAGAGCCAAUUGCGAGUCUAUGCGCUACAGCUGAUGCAAUGUAUCACAGGAAGAAACCUUAAAACUCUUCCAAAUGAGAUAGUUUCCCAGGUUGAGCCGUGGGAGUCAUGGUAUGAGCAUGGAACAGGCGCUGCCAUAGCUGAUGAGAGUAUCAACUCCUCUAGCACCAUCACUGGGACUCUUGUGGCACUUAGAUCUACUCAGAUGGUCGCUGCUUUUCUUCCUGAUGCUAAUAUCACUCCAGAAAGCCUAGCAACUCUUGACUCUGCAGUAUCUUGUUUCUUACAAUUGUCAGAACAUGCUUCUGCUGCAAACGUUGCAGUUUUGGAAGCAGUUUUAGAAGAGUGGGAGCAAUUGUUCUCCCCCAAAGAAGAGCAUGUUCCGCCUCAUGAAUCACCAAAAGAAACAAGUGACUGGAGUGAUGGAUGGGAUGAUGGAUGGGAGGCCCUACCAGAAGAGUUGGAGAGUCCAAAGAACAAACAAGAGAGUGCACCGUUAUCUGUCCAUCCCCUCCACAGUUGUUGGAUGGAGAUUAUAAGAAAACGUGUUGAGCUUGGUGAGCUGCACAAGGUCAUUGAACUUCUGGACCGAGCAUCUUCGAAGCAUAGCGUGUUCCUAGAGGAAGAAGAAGCUUGUAGCUUGGUUGAACUUAUGUCUGCUCUGGACUGCUUCAUGGCUCUCAAAAUUGUCCUAUUACUCCCAUAUGAAACUCUAAGACUGCAGUGCCUGCAGAUGGUUGAGUUGAAAAUGAGGGAAGGAACCGUGUCCACCUCAUCAAAUGCUGAUGAUCAUGAGCUCCUUGCCUUGGUUCUGACAUCUGGAACUAUGCAGAAGAUCGCAACGGAAGAAGCAUACUCUAAAUUUUUCUCUUACUUAUGCCAUCUUGUUGGGCAUCUUGCAAGGUCAUUCCAGACUGAUCUCCUUAUGCAAUGGAACGAUGAAGCCACGUCAAAGACCAACAGAUCUUUGCUCUUCGGUAGUGUUUUGUUUCCGUAUUUCAUAUCUGAAUUGGUCCUCAAAGGCCAGUACCUGUUGGCUGCGUUUGUCAUCUCCAGAUGGAUGCACACUCAUCCGUCCCUGGGCCUAAUGGAUAUUGCCGAGACCAGCGUGCGACGAUUCCUGCAAGGUCAGGUAGCCCAAGCUGAGGAAUCGAGAGGGGGUGAUGCUUCUUUCACUGACGAUGAAGUGUCUGUGAGACUCACAAUCUCCACUCUGCGGUCGAAAUUUGUUUCUCUUCUGCAAGCUGCAUUGUCGGCGCUUCCAAAUCAAGAGUUGUAGGCAGCAAGAAGUUGUGUACAUUUUUUUUUAACUUUACACCGUGGGUGGCUGUGCUACCAGUCUAGCUGUAACGUUGUAACAUAAGAUGUUUGUUUGAGAUAAUGGUAAAGGUGAAUAGCACAAGCUUACAGAAUGUUUUGGGGGGAAAGAGUUCUUAGACUAUUUGGAUUUACAGUACAUUUUUAUCCCCUGAUACAGAGGAUACAAUUACCCUCGUCAACUAGGAAGAUCAGUUGAAGGUAAGAAGGUGCCAGGAAGAAGGUAAGAAGGUGUCAGGAAGAUGGUGCUCGAUAUUACUCAACGGCAGGUAAAAAGGUCUUUUUUUCUUCUGACUUUUUUUUUUAGACACUCUUCUCACUUUCUCCUGCUGCAACUAAUAUCUGAUCUGAGCGGCCCAGCCCAACAAACUAUUGCAAUGCCAUCGGGCCGAAAGCCCAUCUGACAAGCCCUUCUGCCGCGGCCGCCAUGCUCGCUCAGUCGCUCGUCGUCGCCGCCGCCGCCGCGAUUCGUUUUCCAAACCUCGCAAAACCUAAAUCCCCAAACGCCCUCCAAUCUUCGAGUCCCCAUCACCUCCGCCGCUCAUGGACGCCGGCGAGGACUGCAUCAGCGGCCUCCCCGACGAGCUGCUGCACGCCAUCCUCGUCCGCCUCGGCUCCACCCGCGCCGCGGUGCGCACCGGCGUGCUCUCCCGCCGCUGGCGCCACGUCUGGGCCUCCCUGCCGGAGCUCGUCCUUGAAGAACGCGUCGACGCGCCGCCGCCGCCGGCCUCUUUCCUGGACACCGUCGACGCCGCCCUCGCGGCCUGUGACGCCCCGGCCCUCGAGCGACUCAGCAUCGCGCUGCGCGCCGAGUACGGCGGCGGCGUCCUGGCCGGGCGCAUCGAGCCGUGGCUGCGCUUCGCUUCGGAGCGCGUGGUGGGCGCGCUCUUCCUCUACGUCCCUCCGCGGAUAUUACCGUUCUUCGAGCCGGAAGUCGAUGGGGAAGAGGCGGCAGUGCUCGAGCUUCCAGCGUCCGGAGGAGUGACAGGAAUGGACCUUAGCCUCGGAGGACCUUGGCGGCUCCGCCCCCCCUCGUCCGGCUUGUUCGGGAAGCUGACCCAUCUGGCGAUACUCUUGCCCGCAUGGAAGGCAGCGAGCUCACAUCCCUCGUGUGCACGCAAUGCCCGUGCCUAAGAGACCCCAAUCUCUUAAUCAUGUUGGUCGAUGCCUCCAACCUCUCCGUACGCUCUGAGUCACUGCAAUCGCUGUGGUUCAGUGUCUGGAAAACACGACAGCUAGAGAUCGUGGCAUCAAGGCUGGAAAAGCUGUCUGUAUCUAACGCCAUUGAUGAGGCGCGAAUCUCUGCCCUGAAGCUUGCAGAGCUAUCCUGGUCCAACGCCGCCUACGACCCUCGGUGCCACCAGUUUGAUGAUGUUGGCCAUCGCCUCCGGCUGCUAGAACUCGGUCAAAGUUCUACGGUGGCGUCCCUGAUGCAGCAAUUUGACGAAGUUGAUGAGUUGAAACUGGGCAUCUCCAUUCCACAGGUGUGUUUGUAUCAACAGAGUCUCCUCAAAAGUAAUUGUUUCUCUGAUUAUUCAGUGGCUACUUUAUCUCUACUCGUGACAGGGAAUAGAUGGCUAUGAAAGCUUCUUGAAUGCAACCAACAAGCUGCCCAAGUGUAAGAUCUUGAGCAUAUCCUCAGCAUGGGAACACCAUGGCUUGGUACCAGGCAUGUUGCAUCUCUUGAGGAGUUGCAACAGUACGAGGAAGCUUUCCCUAUUUGAUUGCUACCUUUACAUGGGAAUCUUCUUGAUUUUAGUUGCUCCAUGGUUUGAGCUUCUAAUUGUUGUUUGAAAAUGGGGAGUUUCCUAAUCUGCUUUUUCUGGAGGUGUGGCUGUGGUUAUGGAUGUGUUUGUUCGGUGUAUUCAAAAUAUUGGUAUGCUAUAUAAACCACUCGACCAAUGUGACAGUUCGACUCUAGCUAGUGCCUUUUCUUCUUUGGCUGCUGAUUUGGGUUCAUUUAAAAAAGGGAGGUGGACAGGGUUACACUGUCCCUGCGUGGAUGUGUGCUUGAUUUAGAGCCCACUGAACAUCACAGUAGAAAGAAGCAAACUUAGUUGUUUUUUGCUCUAUAUAUUCUCCACUGGUAUAACAAUAUCGCCAUUUCUUAUUUCCAGAAGCAUACCUGCCUGCCAUCUUGCCCUUGUCGCUUGGAACAGAGUCACAGGAUUGAUGCUAUUUCUCUCAAUUCACUUGAAGAGGUAGAAAUCACUUCCUAUACAAGUUCGCAUGAAGUACUGGAAUUUGUGGAGUAACUAUCCAAAUGCAAUGCGGCAAUCCUCAAAAAGGGUGUCAUGAAACAUAGGAUGAACUCUGCGCCUCAAGCAAGGAGGUGCGUGAAAAGAUCCGCAGAAUGUUCCAGCCAAAUAUUGAAGUUGAACUAAAUGUGUUUUCGGAUUUGGAGUGCGUGCGUAUGAACUGACUAAAGAUUGUGAUCAACAUGAUGUAAUGAUCUUCACUAGUUUCUGCUCACUUGCAUCCGUGUUGACUGUUGAGGUGUGGAAUUGUUGCUGGCUUUACAAGUGUCAUGCAACCAUGGAGGGACUUUGUGAAAGAAAAAAGAAAGAAAGUUGCGUCGUCCUUUCGCAACUGUUUAGUA